CACUUAACAUCGCAGUCAAAGUCUUCUGAGCCCGAGAUGAGUUUAGUCAAAUACGGAAUUUUGCUUGCAACGCUAACGCUAGCUUUAGCUGAAGCUCAGAACGGGUGCGUUAUACCGAUCGCUUCAAAGCACCACCUUUACAUACAAUGGCCUUUGAUUUAUAAAUCCAACGGCGAGUUGUAUCCAGCACAAUUGGACGCGGAGCAACAGACGGCCAGUGUACACUUACCUGUCGGCGAAGAGGUUUUGCUCUCAUGUGGACCAAAUUACCUGAAAAAUUUUCAUCGUGCAGAGACGUUAAGUGUAAAAUGUGAAAGUGACGGCAAGUUGAUAUCAUUGAGUGGCGAUGCUGAUAUAAAAAACGACGCGAAAGCAGUCAGUUAUUUUGCCUGUGAUUUGCGUGUCGUCGAAGAGGUGCUAAGUACGGUAAAUGACUGCAAUACUCAGGCUUGGACGCCGGUUGCAUACGGAUAUGUGAAUCCAUUCGAUCAUCUUACACAUAUAAUCGGCGAGGCGUGUUAUGAUGAGAACGAAGGACGUACCAUAUUCGCGCAUAUCAAGCUGAGCGAUAACCCAUACUUGCAACGGCUACCAAAAGACUUUCUCACAAAAUUCCACCAUCCCGAUGGACGUUAUAAAAGUCAACUUUUCCGUGGUCUAUAUUUCGAUGAAAUCUACGAGCGUAUACGUCAAACAUUACACACGAAGUCUGCUCCUUUCUUACAUAAAGCCAACUUCGUGGACGAUUUCUUCAUAAGCAAUGCGCAAUUCCAAGCAGUGAAGAAAUUGAGUUGGAAUUAUUUUGUUGCACAUGAUGACCUUGAUGCAUGGACCGAACUCAAGCGGAACAUAUUAGCACAUCGAAAUACCAGCAAAGCUGAUCUGGACAUUUAUGUUGGCAGUCAUGGCACGCAGGUGUUAAAUGGCCCUAAUGGUGAACAAAUGAAGCUCUACCUACAUCCAGAAUCGGGAGAAUAUGGGAAAUUCCCCGUGCCAGAACUCUUGUGGAUCGUUGUGAAGGAGGAAGAUAAAUCAACGGCUUUUGGUGUGUACAACGAUGCAAAUCCGAAGUCGUUGCAAAGAGUUGUCUCGGCCACAUCGCAUGCGCCAAUUUGUGAGAGCAAAUGUGGUGAGAUCACUUGGCUUUCGGGUGCAUUGAAAAAUGGUGGACUUAUCUGCUGUAAUGUGCCAGAAUUUAGGAAAGUGGUGACGGAAGUCCCCGCCAUAACAGAAAAGGAUAGUCCUUUUUAAAUACUGAAAGCUAUGGAAACGAUUACUAAAUAAAUAAAUUAGAAAACAAGA